AUGGAUCGUUAUUUGAAACGCAGAAGUAAAGUUUUAGGCGAUUGUCCGAAAAUAGCAAAUCCCACCACUUCAGAUUCUGGAGUUAAGAAUUUGAACACAAAGACAAAUACCAACGCGAGUCUUGCAACUGAUGAUACGUUUGACGAAGAGCUAGAUAUUGACGUGGAAGAGCUUGACCGUGUGAUGAAUGAGAAUAAAGGGCCAGCAGAUGAAGGAUUCGAUGGAACUAGAGUCGCCAACGACGACGACUUCAACUUGCGUUUCUCGUCGCAGACAACAACCACGAUUGAGCCACCUCAGCGAGUAGUCGAAGGAAAUUUCACCCUGAGAUGGGAAGGCUCGCCUGAUGAUUCCCAAACAUCUGCUGGGAAUAAUGAUCAAAAUGAAGAAGCUUUCUCAGAAGAAAUAAAUACCACCAACUCUAAAUCGCCAAAAAAGCGGAGAAGCCACGAGCCAGCUUCGAUUAUUGACUUCUUGUACGAAGACGAGCGACGCAAGAUCGCUGAGCAUGUCGCCAGAACCAAAAACCAAAAUGAUGCAGUUCCAAUCCAAACCCAGACCGUCCAAAACAUCGUCGAAAAUACUCCUGAAAACGUUCUCCGACCUCCUCGUCCGGUUCAUUCACAGAUGCCACGACCUGGUAAAGCUGCUCGCUCCUCAAGUUUGAGUGAGAGCAUUCUAAGGCCAAGGGAUUCAACUGUCUGUGGCUUGGGCAAUUCAAAAGACAAUGGCUCAAGGGGUGUGACAUCUCUCCUGAACGAGCUCAAUUCUAGCACGACUAUCGAGAAAACAAACAGAAGCGAUGAUGAAAGUGUCACUAAUGCCAACAGCACCUCUUCUACUACUCAGGUUGCAGAACAGAAUCACUCCACAAUCACUCCUACAGUCAAUCCAGCAAAUCCUGAACUGAAUGUUCCUGUUAUCUCUAGUUCAGCCAGAGAAGAAGAGCGACCAGUAGUAAAUUCUGCAGACGCUGAUCCAGUAUUUCGAGUGCCAGCUGUCCCGCCAAGACGUCAUGAGUCAUCUUCUGGAACGAAAGGAAGGUCUUCUGAGGAGACUACUUCCGCUCAUCCUAACUCGACAUCAUCAUCGUCCAAUGCCAAGAGUUCUGGAGUAGGAAGAACAAUUACCACUAGCUCUACGAGAACUUCUUCAUAUGGCACGCCCACUCCUCAAUCCCAGAAAUCUGUGUGUAUCUAUCGAUCGAAGAAUUCAUUAGCUGUUGCCGUUUUCGACGAGGAAAGGCAAACAAUCUUAUGGAGUGAAAAUAAGCUCCAAGCCAUAGCAAAAAACGAUCAAGUGGAUAAUCUGUUAUUGCCGUUGCUUUUUGAGCAUGAGCCUCGUUUCCUCGUCGUCUGUGGAAACAAGGAAGAUGCUCUCCUUUCUGCCCUCCUUAAAGUUUCCAAGGAGCGCUUUGCAGCUGCAGAUUAUCGUCCUCCACAACUCAUUCGCUUAGACAACUCCGAGUUCUUCGCUCCUAAGUGCCAGGCACGAAUAAGAGAGCAUGAGGAUUGA